AUGGAUCCUGUCAGUGCCGCAGGGUUGGCUGUAGGGGUUGCAAGCAUCGGCUUUCAGGUCUAUACAGGCUGCGUACAAGGCAUCCAGCUGUUGAUCACAGCCAAGAACUUCCCGGAUGAAUUCAAGUACCUGAACCUCCGGCUCCGGAUGGAGCAACAGCGGCUCUUCGCCUGGAGUGAGACGUCUGGCUUGGCCGACCUCGAUAAGGAGGAUAAACGAAAGAUACUGGAGACUAACACUUUCAUACUCCAUCGGACGAUUGUCCUAGACCUGCUAGUCCAAGUUCAAUGCUUGUUCAAGGAGUUCCAAGAACAACAGAAGGAGUAUAAAAGACUCGAGGCCGUCAGGGAAGCCGAUGAUGCCCUGGAAAAGCCGGAGAAGGAUGCAUCGGACGCCAACUUCCCGUUGCCCGAAAGGCGACGCGAUUUCAUCAAGAAGGCAAUGCAGGCGCUCAAGAAGAAGUCUACAGAAGGGGCCCUUCGGUUGAAGUGGGCCACGUUUGACAAGGAAGCGUUCGAGAGACUGAUAUCCAAGUUUUCCACUCUGAAUGACAACAUGACAGACAUCCUCGACGCGCGGCUCCAAGUCGAGAUUCACCAUACAGUCCAAGACACCAACCGGGGCAUGCUGCAACUUCACAGCAAGAUCGCCGACCUCUCCCGCCUGGUAAUGGCUUUGAACAUCAAAUUGGAGUCAAAUGCACCACAAGUUGAAGUCUCCAUGUCCAAGUCCCAGCGCGACGCCAGGACUAAAGACGCCAAGGGGCUUACCCUUCUGUCGCAACUAGCUAAAUUCAAGGCCUACAAUGCCAUCGAGUCGGAGAAGCAGAACCCACCCGACGAGGCUACUGCAUUGCGUCUGGAACUCGACAAGCCAGGUGAGCGGAAGGAGCUCAAGCUGGACGCCGCCUCCAUCCAAUUGCAUUCAGAGGCAUAUGGGUCGCAACGUUGUGAAGCAGUCCUCACCCACGGCAAUGGACAACACAGGCGAGUGUGGGUCGAAUGGAAGGAGUACGAUAAGCAGGCAUCGACCGACACUCUACCACCGAAACAGGUCAUCCUCGACAGAGUGGAAAAUCUGGCAGCACUGUUGAAUCACAGUCCCAAACCAGAGGCGUUCAGGACGCCGCACUGCCUCGGGUACUUUGAUCAAGCAGACCACAACGAUGAUGACAGUGACGACGACGACAUUGCAAAUCUAAGAAUAGGUCUCGUGUUUGAACGGCCUGAGGAGGAUGGGUUACAUGCCGAGAUGCCUCCUGUUAGUUUAAGGGAAUUGCUGGAGCGAGACCCCAAAACAUACCGCAGGCCCAGGGUUACGGAAAGAGUUCAGCUCGCCCGCGCGGUCAGCAACUGUCUUUUGAGUCUUCACCUGGCGAAUUGGCUUCACAAGUCACUUCGGUCUGAUAACAUCAUCUUCUUCCGGACCUCGCAAGGGCACAUCAACUACCACAACCCGUACAUCUCAGGGUUCGACUUCUCUAGACCGGCCCGGAAGGAUGAGAUGACGGAAAUUGCUGGCGAUGAUGUCGAACACAACCUAUACCGCCACCCUUCGGCCCAGACAGCAGGCUCAGGCGAGCGGGCUAGGUUCAAGAAGAGUUUCGACAUCUACUCCCUAGGGGUGGUCCUCGUCGAGAUAGCGCACUGGGCACCGGUGGAGAAGGUGCUCGGUAUAGACCUUAGAAAGGCACGGGGCCAGCCGUCCAUGAUCUCCAGAGUCCGGGACAGACUGCUGGCGCAGGACAUGCUUGCCGAGUUGGGAGGGCACAUGGGCGAGAUCUACGAGAAGGCGGCGCGGCGGUGCAUCGCGGGCGGCAAGUGGCUCAACCUUUUGGAGACCGAGGAGGAGACCAACGACGAUGUUGCGGCGAGGCUCUCGAUGGCCUUUUAUGAGGAUGUUGUUAAGCGUCUUGACAGUAUACAGGUUUGA